AUUUUCCAGCACUGUCCGGCCUUCAUGUGCUUCGCGUGUUGCUGCCGCACGCAUUUUGCACAGUUUUCACGCUCAAAAUGAGCCAAACACAGAAAUUGCUGCAGUUCCAUGAACUGGAGCUGGACCAACGCAUACUCAAAGCAAUUGCGCAGCUCGGCUGGGUGCAGCCCACGCUUAUCCAGUCGACGGCCAUCCCGCUGCUGCUCGAGGGCAAGGAUGUGGUGGUGCGUGCACGCACCGGCUCCGGCAAGACGGCCACCUAUGCGCUGCCGCUGAUACAAAAGAUCCUCAACUCGAAGAUGAACGCCAGCGAACAGCGUGUCAGCGCCCUGGUGCUGUGCCCCACCAAGGAGCUGUGCCGGCAGUCUCGCCAGGUCAUUGAACAGCUGGCCGAAUCGUGUGGCAAGGUGGUCCGUGUGGCGGACAUUGCCGGCAGCUCGAAUGAUGUGGCCACACAACGGCAUGCGCUGGCCGAACGACCCGAUAUUGUGGUUGCGACGCCCUCCAAGCUGCUGGCGCAUGCGGAUGUCGUCGAUUUGCAGCACAUUGAGACGCUGGUGGUGGAUGAGGCGGAUCUGAUAUUUGCCUUUGGCUAUGAGAAGGACUUUAAGAGGCUAAUCAAACAUUUGCCGCCCAUUUACCAGGCGGUGCUCGUCUCGGCCACCAUAUCGGACGAUGUGGCACGCAUGAAGGGUCUGUGCCUGCACAAUGCCGUCACACUCAAGCUGGAGGAGCCGGAUCUGGUGUCGCUUGAUCAGCUUAGCCAUCAGCGCAUACUCGCCGAGGAGAACGACAAGCCGGCCAUAUUAUGCGCCCUGCUCAAGCUAACGCUCAUCCAGGGCAAGAGCAUCAUAUUCGUCAACAAUGUGGAUCGAUGUUACAAGGUGCGUCUGUUUCUGGAACAGUUUGGCAUACGCUCGUGCGUGCUCAACUCGGAGCUGCCGGCGAAUAUACGUAUUCACACCAUUAGCCAAUUUAAUAGGGGCGUCUAUGACAUCAUUAUUGCCUCCGAUGAGCAUCUGCUGGAGAAGCCGGCGGGCCAAAAAGCAAAGGACAAAUCCCAGCGGGAUCACGAGUCGAGUGCCUCGCGUGGCAUCGAUUUUCAGGGCGUAAAUAAUGUCAUCAAUUUCGAUUUUCCGCGCGAUGUCACCUCGUAUAUACAUCGUGCUGGCCGCACGGCGCGCGGCAAUAACAAGGGUUCGGUUCUGUCCUUUGUCAGCAUCAAGGAGUUACCCGUUAACCAGGCUGUGGAGGAGCGUUUACGCUGUUCCCUGGGCAAGGAGCCGCAUCUCACAGUCGACGCGCUGUCAGACGAACCGCAAAAGCCCGCUGUCGAGGACAUCAUCAAACUCUACCAAUUCAAAAUGGAGGAGGUGGAGGCAUUCCGGUAUCGCGCCCAGGAUUGCUGGCGUGCCGCCACCCGUGUCGCUGUACACGACACACGUAUACGAGAGAUCAAAAACGAAAUUCUCAACUGUGAGAAACUGAAGGGCUUCUUCGAGGAGAACAAACGCGAUCUGCUGGCGCUGCGCCACGACAAGCCCGCUCGCACCAUCAAGGUGCAAUCGCAUCUGGCCCAUGUACCCGACUACAUACUGCCCAGCGCCCUGAAGCGCGUCGCCCUCGCACGGCCCAACACACUGGCAGCCAAACAGACGCGCACGACGGGCGCCAAAAGUGCCUACCAGCGACAGAGCAAUGAUCCCCUAAUGGUUAGCGAGGUGGACUAUGGCAAGCGACGCGGCGCGCCCAAACGGCGAAAAGCCAAAUAACUGCCAAUUAGCAGCCAGCACUUGGCCAAAAAGUUGUUCUAGUUUUAGCCCUGGUUAUCUUUAAGCGUAAUUUUAGUUCAAACAUUUUGCCCAUUCAAAUGUAAGAGGCACAAAAUCGUAUUAAUGUCGGAAAACUAUAUCUCUGUCUAUAUAUA